AGGUCCACAGGCACGACCAGGUCCUUCACCUGAUACAUCAUAUGUGAGUACUACUCCAACUAUCAACAGAAAGAAAUUUUGCAGUGCUGCGAAAAAGACAAACAGGUUUUAUAAUACACUUUUGUCCGCCGCACGGCUUGUGCGGCCGUGGCAAGAAGAAUUUUAAAAAACAAUGAGUCCAUCAGCUGAUAAGUUUCUUCCAAGCACAACGAACUGCGCAGUGUAGGUCAGGAACAAAAGCAGCCACCACGACCGGUGCAGAAGUGAGGACGUGCUGCUGGUUGUUGAGCAGUUCCAAUACCCGGAAGAACGGGCGGCGGUUGUAGACCUCCUGUUGUAGAAGAAGUUCCUACACAAAGCGGCCAAGUUCGUAGAACAUGCCACCGAAAGCGAAGCCAAAGGCCGCAGCAGCCGGCGGAGAGGAUGAGACAUGGGAGGCCUUUCAGAGGAUAUACCAGAAGGCCAUGAAGCAGUAUUGAUCAUAUACUGGUGCUUCUGAAUGAUGUCAUUUAUUUUGCAGAACACCGACCUGGCACUUUUGGUUGUGACAUACUGAUACUACAAUGAUGCACAUGCUGCACCAUUCUACACCAAACCCUUUAGUCACGGCCAUGAUUUGUUUCAUUUUUGCGAACCACAGGUACGGCCUAAAACCUGCACCGGACGUGGAGAAGAUAUUAGGCUUUUUUGACGAGGGCAUGGACCCCAUGCAGAUAAGAUGGAACUUCACCGAGCCACUAGACUCCAUGGGCUUCAACAUACUCAUGCACAGUCUGAGGGAAGCAGAGUAAAGUCAUCUUCAGUGAGAACCGCUACUUUUUUGUAGUUAUGCUAUCAUCCUGCUGCAAGACAGAGUCUAAAUCUAUCAUUUUUUGCAUCUCUCAUAUGAUAAAUGUCAUUAUUGCAACAACCGCAUGGAGGUUCAAACCACAAGUGAAUUUCAUACAGGUACAAGAAAAUUUCGAAUGUGCGUCUGUGGAAGUGCGACCCUAAGGGCGAUGAAUCUGUGCGGGCGGUUUGCGACUACCUAGAGUCACCAAACGGCGUAGUGGUGGAGGAUCUGCAGUUUACGGACAAUAAUGUCACAGACCUAGGCUGCGAAUUCAUCGGUAGUAGCUACUGUUGCUUUUGUUUAUCAUGCACAGCAGAAACGACCUUGACCUAUGAAAGAAAAGUACUCUAUGCCGUUUAUGUCGUGAAAUCACGGCCGCGACAUUCAUUUCAAAACCGAAGAAAAAUAUUAACCAGGUAUGGCCCUCGGCGGGCGCGAGAGAGUAGCGGGAAAAUUAGCGUUAGUACCGCCAGUAAGCUACUUGAGGCUAGACUACAACCACAUAGGAGCAAAGGGCGUAGAGAAGCUAGCGGUCGGGCUGGCACAGAAUCACGUAUAAGUAGAAAUGCAAAUCAUUGAUUUUUUAUGUGUGCCGGCAUGACAGAAUGCGUUCGUGUUCGUGUUGCGGGGGCUGCAUGACAAAAAGCAAAACCAAAAAUUCAGUUCCUCCGUGCCCUGUCCGUCCAAUACUGCGCAAUCGGGCCGCAGGGUGGCGCUUAUGCCUUGCAAAUAUUUGUUUGCGUCUGGAAAUAUUAACUUGUGAUGCAAGGAAGGGAAUAACGAGGGAGCACACGACUGUAAUGCGCUGCCAAGCAUGACGUGGUUUCGAGUUGUGUACUCCGCGUGAGAAAUGGCGUUUUUGCUGCAUGACAGGCAAGAUGAGCUUUGCGCGGCCACACAAAUAUACAGAGCUCAGAGUUCUCAUGCUAGAGUAACAUGACAAACCUUGUCGCAAUCAUCUCCCAGACCCAGAUACAUAUUUACAAUGGAUACUGCUCCGCUAGCGACGAUACUGAUGUACCAGAAGUCAGAAAUGGAGCAGUUUCUCUUACGGGGUAAUGAACUGGGCGACGUGGGUAUCAAAUGCAAAAAUGUCUGGGUCUGGAAGAAUGCAAACUUGUCAUGCAUGUUUUUCAUGCCCCCCGAGGUCUGCAAUGCAGCACCUAGCAUGAGAGGUUUUGCGAAGUCUCUAUCAUGUCUGUCCUGCAUGACAAACUUCCAGACCCAGACAUUUUUGCAAUGCAUAGUGGGGGCGCUUGCGCUGUUGAAGGGCGUCAGGAGAAAUCAAAAGCUGAAACUUCUCGACCUAGCGGACAACAAAUUUUCCGAAAAACCCGAAAUACUCGACGUCCUGCUGGACUGCUUCCAGAACAACAUGCGUAUCUUGAUUGUUUUUCAUUUUUCGUUGCAGGAGUGUUUCUGUUGUUAGUACUUACACACACUACUUACUACUAGUGAAGGGCUUUCUCACAGCACAGAUGGCAUGCAUCACCAUCACGAGGAUCUUCGACUACUGUACUCUAACUGAGUAAAAAAUUUCAUCACAGUUCUCGAAGUCUACCGGUUGGUCGGCAACCAGAUAUCGGACGUGGGCGCGCAAAAACUGAUUCACGGCAUGAUCGGUUUGUCCCAUUUGAAGGAGGUCCAGGUGCCCGAGAGGUGUUCCCAAUCGACCUACGAGGCUUUGGAGCAGGCGCUUGGAGGAGGAAAAAAGAAAAAAGGAAAGAAGGGGAAAAAGAAGUAGGAGAACUACUUACUUACCGCCUGUAUUGCGUUGUUUAGUACUGUUCACGACGCUGUUACGCAAAAUUUAACCAAACACUUUUCAAGAUCAGUAUACGCAAAAUUAAAACCAAAGUUUUAUACUAUUAUAUUCAGAGGUUCUACGCAAUCUUUGAGGUAUAAGCAGAGUUUCAAUACCAGAGUUUUUAGGUUCAAGAUUGACAAAGAGUCCGCAUUUUUUCGUCGGAAAGGCGGAAAGCCCGAUGAUGAAGAGGGGAAUAAAAGCGCGCCCUUCGCGGUCGCAAAGGAACAUCAAAGCGGAGAAGUUUGAGAAAAUUGAGAUCCUUUUACGCAGACUUGGAGAAUGAACUUGUACCAAA